AAUAUUGGCAACAUAACAAAAGGUUGGUUCCAAUUUGGCACAUAGUUGCACAAAAUUCAACUCUUUCAAACUAAACGCGUUGAACAACAUCACCAAACACAACACAACAAUUAAUUAAAAGCCACCAAAUAAACACAUUCUUAAUCAACACCAUUUUAUGAUUCACACACAUGUUCAAACUUCAAAUUAUUUUCUUUCUCAAAAAACCAUCAUCACAAAAAAUAAAACCAUGCAACUUCAUAAUCUUUGCAUUGUUUUACCACAAAAUUCAGGUGAACUAAUGAAACAACAAGAACCUCAAAAAAGUUUCAAACAAAAAUCUUUUAAAUCUUCAAAGAAACAAAAAUUUAAGUCCAAAAGUUCUUCUUCAAGAGCUUGUGGUGGAGGACAACAAGUUCUUGAUUUGCUUCAUGAUUCAUUAAGCAAGUUAUGUAACUCAAAAUGGUUGGUGGGUGCAAAAAGAAUUUGUAAAAAUGGUGGGGUGCAAAAAGAAAAAAAGGAAAAUUCUACUAUGUUUCAUGACAUGGAUGGUGUACAAUUUGGUGUAAAGAUUGGAAGAGACAAUCCAAGAAUUUUCAGCUAUGCAGAACUUUUCAUAGGGUCUAAUGGUUUCAAUGAAGAACAAGUUUUAGGAAGUGGUGGAUUUGGAAAAGUUUACAAAGCUCUUUUGCCAAGUGAUGGAACUUUAGUAGCUGUGAAAUGUUGUUUAUCAGAAAAAGGUAAACAAUUUGACAAGAGUUUCUUAGCCGAAUUAUCGGCUGUGGCUGAUCUUCGACAUAAGAAUCUUGUUAGGUUAAGAGGUUGGUGUGUUCAUGAAGAUCAAUUACAUCUUGUUUAUGAUUACAUGCCGAAUCGAAGCCUUGAUCGUGUACUCUUCCGAAAGCCGGGGAAUUUGAAAGGUGAGCAGCCUCUUGGUUGGAGACAAAGAGAAAAAAUUGUUAAAGGUUUGUCUGCUGCAUUGUAUUAUUUACAUGAACAAUUAGAGACUCAAAUCAUUCAUAGAGAUGUUAAAACAAGUAAUGUUAUGCUUGAUUCCCAUUAUAAUGCUAAGCUAGGUGAUUUCGGCAUGGCGAGGUGGCUAGAACAUGAACUUGAGUAUGAGUUUAAGUACAAUUCUAGCAAUAAGAAAGCUUCAAGUAGAAUUGAUCAUUUCAAAUUAGGAGAAACUUCAAGAAUCGGUGGAACAAUUGGUUAUCUUCCACCAGAAAGCUUACAAAAACUAAGCAAUGGUACAUCAAAAUGUGAUGUAUUUAGCUUUGGUAUUGUUGUGCUUGAAAUUGUAUCAGGAAGAAGAGCUAUAGAUUUAGCAUAUUCGGACGAUAAAAUCAUUUUGCUUGAUUGGAUUAGAAGGCUUUGUGAUGAAGGGAAGCUUAUAGAAGCAGCUGAUACAAGGUUUCAAAAAGAUGGAUCAUAUAAUUUUUCUGAGAUGAAGCAUUUCAUUCAUAUAGGUCUUCUUUGUACACUUCAUGAUCCAAAUUUAAGGCCUAAUAUGAAAUGGAUUGUGGAAGCACUUUCUGAUUUAAGUUUUAAACUUCCUUCACUUCCUUCAUUUCUAUCACAUCCUCUUUAUAUCUCUUUGUCUUCACCAAGUGAAACUACUAGUCCUAGUAGUACUAGUGGCACGGUUACGGUCUCGGAAAAUGUUAGCUUGAUCACAAACUAUAGUUCAUCAAACUAUGUUACAGCUGCAGGUGAAACAAUUUAUGUAACUGCUGAAAACAAAAAUAGUGGAAUCAAUUCUUCUAAUAAGCAUCAUCAUCAUCAUCAUCAUCAUAAUCAUAACAGGCAACGAUUUCCGGUGGUUGAAACUCCGAGAGAAAUCUCAUACAAAGAGAUUGUUUGUGCUACAAAUAAUUUCUCAGAGUUAAGAAGGGUAGCUGAACUUGACUUUGGAACUGCUUAUCAUGGAGUUCUUGAUGACAAUUGCCAUGUUUUGGUGAAAAGGUUAGGAAUGAAGACAUGUCCUGCGUUGCGCGAUAGAUUCUCGAACGAACUCAGAAAUCUUGGUAAGCUUCGGCAUAGGAAUUUGGUUCAACUUCGAGGAUGGUGUACCGAACAAGGGGAGAUGCUCGUGGUUUACGAUUACUCUGCUAGUAGAAUUCUCAGUCAACAGCUUCUUCAAAUUCAUAACAAAGGUAUGAACGAAGUACUCGAAUGGCAUCAUAGGUACAACAUAGUGAAAUCACUUGCUUCUGCUGUUCUUUAUCUACAUGAAGAAUGGGAUGAACAAGUGAUUCACAAAAACAUUACCUCAUCAGCUGUUAUUCUUGAACAAGAUAUGAAUCCAAGACUUAGUAGUUUUGCUCUAGCUGAAUUUUUGUCAAGGAAUGAGCAUGGCCAUCAUGUAGCCGACGAUGCUAACAAAUCAGUUCGAGGGAUUUUCGGCUACAUGUCACCGGAAUAUGUUGAGUCUGGCGAAGCAACUACAGAAGCUGAUGUUUACAGUUUCGGCGUGGUGGUGCUUGAAGUUGUUAGUGGACAAAUGGCAGUGGAUUUUAGGUACCAAGAGGUUCUUCUGGUGAAAAAAGUUCAUGAAUUUGUGGUGAGAAAAAGACCAUUGAAGGAAUUAGCUGAUAUAAGACUUAAUGGAGAGUAUAAUGAGAAAGAACUGAUGAGAUUGGUAAGAUUAGGAAUUGCAUGCACUAGUGGUGAUCCUAAAUUGAGACCAAGUAUGAGACAAAUUGUGAGCAUUCUUGAUGGAAAUGAUAAAUUACUCAACAUGAUAAAGAAGGAAAGUAGGGAAGAAUGGAGAGAAAGAAAUUCAAGUUCUUUGUCUAUGAUUAGGAGAAUUCAAGCUUUAGGAAUACAGUAAGAAGUUAGUGAAUGCACUUUCUUUUUUUACUAUCGGCCAUUGGAUGAAGAGCGGCAGGGAUGGCAGAACAGAUAGGGCCGUUGAGGAUCCAAUUUCCUUUUUCUCUCUAUGCUUUAUCUAUUUUAUCUGAUUAUUAUUUUUUCUAUGUUGUAUUGUAUAGUUGAAGCUUAAUGUAAUCAUCAGUGUUAUGUUUCUAUGCAUAUACACUUGUGUUAUAAUUUUCAAUGUCAUAAGGAAAGUGUGUAAAUUUCUAUAACAUGUUAUUCAUGGUUUGUUCUUGAUGAAUCAGUGUAUGGUUUUGUUGUGAUGCUUA